AUGGUUCACCAGGACGACGUACUCCGUCACAGCCUAGAGGACCCCGAGUCCUUCUGGUCACACCAGGCAGAUCACCUACACUGGCAUACGAAACCCACCUCCGUCCUCACCCGCGGUACCAGGACGCUCGGCACCCCUUCCUCCUCUUCCUCCUCCUCGUCAGACGUCACCCAUCCGGACUGGUCGUGGUUCCCGGGCGGUCGCAUCUCGACAUGCUACAACUGCGUGGACAGACACGUCCUCGCCGGACGGGGCGGCAACGUAGCCGUCUACUACGACAGCCCCGUCUCGGGAUCCAAGCAGACCAUCACCUACGCCCAGCUGCUCGAUGAGGUCGAGGUUCUGGCCGGCGCGUUGUGGGAGCAAGGUGUGCGUAAGGGUGACGUCGUCAUGAUUUACAUGCCCAUGAUCCCUGCUGCCAUCGUAGCCAUCCUAUCCAUCAACCGCCUGGGAGCGAUCCACUCCGUCGUCUUUGGCGGCUUCGCGUCCGCCGCGCUGGCCCAGCGCAUCGACGCCUGCCGGCCCGUCGCCCUCCUGACGGCCUCGUGCGGCAUCGAGGGCAGCAAGCCGCCGACGCCGUACAGGCCUCUGGUCGAGGAGGCGCAGCGGCUGUCCUCCCGCCCGCCGCGCCUCACGCUCGUGUGGGAGCGCGAGCAGCGCCGCUGGGCCGGCGGGCCGGGGGGGAUGAACCGGUCGCGCGGCCAGGCGUCGUGGCAGGAGGUGGUGCGCAGCGCCAGGGCGCGGGGCCUGCGUUCCGCCGCCGUGCCCGUCGCCGCCUCGGAUCCGGUGUACGUCAUCCACACGUCCGGCACGACGGGGACGCCCAAGGGCGUGCUGCGCGAGGCGGCCGGCCACGCCGUCGGCCUCAACCUCUCGAUCGCGUACCUCUUCGGCGUCCGCGGGCCCGGGGACGUCAUCUUCACCGCCUCCGACAUCGGCUGGGUGGUCGGCCACUCGUACAUCGUGUACGCGCCCCUGCUGGCGGGGGCGUCGACGGUGCUGUACGAGGGGAAGCCCGUCGGCACCCCGGACGCGUCGUCGUUCUGGCGCGUCGUGGCCGAGUACCGCGUCAACGCCCUCUUCACGGCCCCCACCGCCCUCAGGGCCAUACGCCGCGACGACCCGCGCAACGAGCACAUCGCGCGCGUCGGCGAGCGGGGCGGCCUGCGCUCCCUGAGGGCCCUCUUCCUCGCCGGCGAGCGCUCCGAGCCCACCCUCGUGUCCAUGUACCAGGGCCUGCUGGACCGUUACGCCGCCCCGGACGCCCACGUCGUCGACAACUGGUGGUCCACCGAGUCCGGGUCGCCCAUCACGGGGAGGGCCCUCGCGCCUCACGCGGGGAGGGACCGCGCCUCUGACGUCCGCCACGGGACCCACCCGCCUCCGCCGCUGCGGCCGGGGAGCGCGGGGAAGCCCAUGCCGGGAUUCGACGUGCGCGUCGUGGACGACCGGGGGGACGAGCUCGAGAGGGGCUCCAUGGGGAACAUCGUCCUCGCCAUGCCGCUGCCGCCCACGGCCUUCCGCACCCUCUGGCAGGAGCACGAUCGAUUCUUUGCGGGCUACCUGCGGAGGUUCGGUGGCCGGUGGCUGGAUACCGGUGAUGCCGGCAUGGUCGACCAGGACGGCUAUCUGCACAUAAUGAGUCGGAAUGAUGAUGUGCUCAACGUGAGCGCUCAUCGAUUGUCAAGUGGCAACAUUGAGCAAGCCAUCGCUUCCCACCCCCUCGUAGUAGAAUGCUGUGUCGUCGGCAUCCCCGACCCGAUAAAGGGUCAGCUCCCGUUCGCCUUCGUGACGCUCUCGUCCGACCCGCACCCGCCGUCCCCCCUGCCGACCGAGAAGCUCUCGGGUGAGAUACAGUCCCUAGUGCGCAGCCAGGUCGGCGCCAUAGCCUCGCUGGGCGGCAUCAUCCAGGGUAGAGGGAUGAUACCCCGGACCAGGUCGGGAAAAACGCUGCGCCGCGUGCUGCGCGAGAUGCUGGAGAAUGCGGCGCGUGGGGAGCCGGAGAAGCCGGUCACGGUGCCGAGCACCGUCGAGGACGCCGCCGUCGUCGAGGUCGCGAGGGAAAAGGUCGGCGAGUACUUUCUUCAGAGAGGGGCGGUGCACGCUGCGCCAAAGCUGUAG